CUUCUUCGAUUCGCUUGACACAACUUCUUCUCUCCCUCUCUCUCUCUCUCUCGACUCUGUUAAAUAGGAGAUCAAAAUAUCAGCCAUGGACAGAGCACAGUUGAUCUUGUUAGGUCUACCUAUAUUCUUAUUUUGUUCGGAUCUCUUCAAUCUCUUCACUCCUCCGCCUCCUAAACCUCAGUCUCACCAUCCUCAUCAGCCACCGCAUAUACCUCACCAGCAUCGUCCUGCUUCCAUCAUCCCCGAAACCCUUGAUUUCCCUUCACAGAAGACAAGUGGCUUAGGUGCAAUUGGAUAUGGACAUACUGUAGAGAUCAACUUCUGUGUCUCCUGUUCUUUCAAGGGAACUGCAGUCACCAUGAAGAAGAUGUUAGAGACGGCUUUUCCUGGUUUAGAUGUGAUUCUCGCAAAUUACCCACCACCAGCACCAAAGCGCCUUCUUGCUAAAAUUGUGCCGGUUGCUCAAAUGGGAGUUAUUGGUAUGAUUGUUGCAGGUGAUCGUAUCUUUCCCAUGAUUGGAAUUGCGCAGCCACCUGCCUGGUUCCAUUCCUUGAGGGCCAAUAGAUUUGGAUCCAUGGCUUCCACUUGGCUUAUCGGAAACUUUCUGCAGUCUUACCUUCAAAGCUCAGGCGCCUUUGAAGUUAUCUGCAACGGGGAACUCGUGUUCUCUAAAUUGAAAGAAGGCAGAUUCCCAGGAGAGAUCGAGCUGAGAGAUCUCAUCAGUAAAACUUUAACAAGACCGAGCAUCAUCUACUGAAGUAGUAUCAGAAGACAGAGCAGGUGGAACCUUCCGUGAAGUUCUACAAGUAUUUUGACACGAGAUGGUGUUUCAAUCUCAUGUGCCUAAAAGUGUCUUUAUGUUUAAAUUUAAAGCUUUUGGUCUGCUGGUUUAGUGGCUUACCUUUUUGGUUUAACUAGAGUUCACUCUUUGAUUCAAACAUGUUGCAUACACA